GCAGCAGUGUGAGCCAACAUGGCAGACGGCAAAGGUGGAUCGUUUACCAAGGUCGUCCAAAAACACGCUGGACGGGCAAAGGAACGGAUUCUUCAGAACCUUGGCAGGGCUGACAAGACGAAAGAUGAAGUAUUCGAAGUUUAUAUGUACAACUUCAGCAGGCAACAGAAUGCGGCGCUCAAGCUACAAAAGGAAUUCAAGAACUAUGUCAUGUGCAUCAAAGGCCUUCAGCUGGCGAGCAAAGCCCUGAUGGACACACUCAGCGAGAUCUAUGAGCAGGAAUGGGUAGGCCACGAACAGAUCCCCGUAAAAGCGCAGACGUUAGAACUUCUAUGGGAAGACUAUCACCGCAAGAUCAACGACCAAGUAAUGAUGCCUCUCAACAGUUACAUCACACAGUUUGCGGACGUCAGGGGAAGAAUCGCUAAGCGAGGCCGCAAGUUGGUGGACUACGACAAAUGUCGGCACAGUGUUGAGAGCCUCAGGAACUCGGCAAAGAAGAAAGACGACUACAAAUUGGGCAAAGCCAGAGAGGAACUGGAACAGGCGAAACAAAUGUACGAAAUAAUCAACAACGAACUUCACGACGAGCUCCCUGCACUGUACGAUAGCCGGAUACCAUUCUUGGUGUCCAACUUGCAAACAUUCUUCUCUGCCGAAGGCGUCUUUCACGGCGAAAACUCUAAAGUGUUCACUUUCUUGAUGGAGACGAUGCAGAAGCUGUCCACAGAGAGCGAAAAGUCUGGCAUCAAAUUCCCUCCCAUCACCCUGGACAACGCGUCACCACGUUCCUACGGCUUGCAAAACAGCCAGUGUAUGGUGCCCCUCCAGAAGAGACUCACGACUGUGCGGAACGGGAAGAUGUUGUCUACCCCGGCCACACACCAGCCACACUCCAUUCAUUCAACAAAGGGUAUUCGAAGGACCCAAUCUGAUCGUGACCGACGUUCGCGCUCUCUCGAGAGGCUAGCCGAUGACUUAGUGGGUCAACUCUACCACGAGCAACCUAGUGCGGAGCCUCAAAAGCAACAGCAGCCGCUGCAGCACAGUGGUGCGCUGAGUCGUUAUUCCGAACAACACCUCUCGUACGCGGAACGACGUGGGCCUUCACUGGAGCUGUCAGCCAACAACUCUCGUAGGAGCUUCUCGACGCAGCACCUCUCAAAGAGGGACCACGAGGAAUUGAUAGAGCCGUCGAAAGCAGUUCCACUCGGGAUAAGAGGAGACGAGAAACCAAUUGUGCCACCAUUCAGGCGGCGUUCUUCUGCAUCGCGAACGAAAGGCGUAAACGAACUUUUAGCAGCGAAACAUGGAACGAACGAAAACGAAGCAUCCCCCGAAAGAUUUGUCGCGAGUCAUACGGGAGCUCAGUACGCUCGUGUUAGGAGAUAUUCGGAGCAGUCUUCGGAGGUGGUGGACCGUUCCGUGCAGGACAGGCGGCCGGUCUCUAGCGUUGGAUACCGCGACCGACAUCGAUAUUCGGUAGAUCGCUUCUCGGGCGUUGAUUCUGUGGAUGCCGAUCGCUGUUCCUUGCCCGGCGGCUUACAAAGAGGUCUCAUGUCCAGUAGCAGCAGCAUGGUGAACCGACCGGUUGAACUGUACCUAGUGGUGAGGCCAGCUGCAGGGAAGACACGUGCUGAGGCCGCUGUGCAAGUGAGCAGUCUGGACAAGCGACUGUACGGAAACGUUGCGGACAAAAGCCUCCCACCGGCUAGCUCGCUGGUGUCCCGGGAGGUGGAGACGAGGCCGUACGAAGAGAUUGAGUUCCGCAAGGGUAAGACCGAUCGAAACUCUGACAUUUCCAUCAAGGUGACCGAAACGAAUGGACAGGUCACCAGUCCACUGAUGGCUUCUCCUGUCAGAAGUGAGCCUGAAUGUGUGGCGUGCGGUACGAGCUCCCGUAUGAAGUGCAUCUGGCUGAACGACGCCGAGUUUUCUGCCCUUGGGUACCAGCCGUGGCAAUGCCUUCGAUGCGCCGUCCACGGGUCCCUGGAUGAGGCCAGGCGCAACUUGUGCAUCUGGUUCACGCGGGUCACCAAGCUCAAAGCCAACUACUCCCAAUGGCACUGGAAACGCCAAGGAGGAGCUGCUCGACUGGAUAACGAAGACAUGCCAGGUUACCGCGGCAGUUAUGCAGAACAGAACGGAGGAGAAGUUCCUGUCGCCCGCAAGAGGGAGGAAAAAGAGUACGAACCCGUUGAGGUCGGAGCGCAGAUGAAGGACCACACGGAAGACCUGUAUGAUAUUCCUGUCGGUGCAACCACCACUGAUUUACCAUCUGGUGUCCUCUACAGGGUUCGUGCCACCUACAAGUACACGGCUGAGGAUGUGGAUGAACUAAAUUUUGAAAGCGGAGAACUCAUUCGGGUGGUGGAAUACGAGGAUCCCGAAGAACAGGAAGAAGGCUGGUUGAUGGGAAUCAAAGAGUCAACUGGAGAAAAAGGCCUCUUCCCUGCAAACUUCACAAGGCCCAUAUAAAAGCAACAUUGCCACUGCUGGUCCACCAUCCUUAAGUUGCACUCCACGAGUGCCUUGUAUUUACACGUUGUUUGGAAUUUGCUCCCAUAGAAGAAAAGAUACUUAACCCACAUCCAUUAACUGCAUUUGAUUUUUCUCCGACCUUAGUGGGGCCCCUCGUGCCAUUACGUGUUUGGGCACAAAAAUAUGCAACUAUAAUGGAUAUCCAGGCUAGGUAUACCAGAUCUUCCAGAAGGUUACGUUUUGUUCAAAAUCUUGCACGUUAAUUCCCGAGACAUGAUAAAAAAAAAUUGUGCCACCUAAUCUCCAACUAGAAUGUGCAAUUUUUUUGUUUUUUCAUUUUCUUUUCAUAUAUUUAGAAGCAUUACCGAGCACCACUGACGGUUUGCCUCAAAGAGGUGGGGGAACCUUCACAUUGAGAUUAGUUCUGUUUUGCAAAAAACUGACUUGUUUGUCGGGAAACCUGCCCAUUUAUUUUAGUUAUUUAUUUUUACCAUUGCGAGAGAAAGAACUCAGAGAAUCUCGUUCAUUACUGCGCAACGUGUUGAUUGCAUAUAAUUAUGCUUAGUCUCUAAUAUAUAAAAAGUGGAGAGUGUGAAUCUCUAGAAUUGUUUUGUUCAAUGCAUCACCUUUUUUGUGUAACCAUAUGUUUUUUGUCCUGUUUACAACCUCUUUGUGAUCCCACCAAAGUGGAAUACCUGUGAGAGCAAUUGUACGAGGGCCACGAUUUGUAUUUACAAACAUUGCCCGUGCACACUUCAAAUGUGCAGCAAAUUAUGCACUGUGAGCAUUGUACAAGUCCAUAAUCGUACGCGAGAGACUUAAUUGAAGUACGCAUUUAUCGCCAGGAAUGCAUCAAGCUGUGGUAGACCUAUGCACUGAUGCAAUGCCACAAAUACAUUCAAAAUAUGCGAAACUAGAUCAGUUUCAUAUUGCUGUGAAAUGCACAUCUAACAGCAUUAGAUGCUUGAGCAGAUUCAGAAGAGCAAAACAUUGAUAAUACUGUAUGUACAAAAUAUGUUCUGUUUAAGUAGAUAUUGUAACGAAACUAUGUCAGAACUUUGUGCAAGACUGACGCUAUAAAAAUUGCAGGAGCUCAAAUCUGUACGAACUAGAACAGUACAGGUGUCAACGAUGCUUCACAAGGGUCUAGUUGGUAUCCCACAUUAUUUUAAAAAUUGGUAUCACUAGACACAUUAGUACGAUAUACAGUACAAAAUAUGCAGCUAGAUAUUGUCAGUCAAUCUCCAUUGGGAGCACAAGGCAAGAUAGAUCUGAAUGGCAGCAAUAAUAUAAGUCUGUGAAAGAUACUAACACUAUAGUAUAUUUGCUGCACCAUGUGCCCAAGACAUAGGUAUCUGGACUUCUGCCCGCAUUUAGCGAACAUUUAAUAAUUAUGUACUAAUAAAUACCCAGUCUUCCUAUUGGAUACAAAUCUGGGCCUUUGUGUACCAAGAAACGGGAUGUUUUUGUCCCACCAGAAUAACUAUCCGUCCAUUUUCUUUUUGCCAAUGAAACAAACUCUUUGUGCCAAUGUCAGCAUUAACUAAAGAAGCCACUUUUCAAGUCACUGUGGUUUCUGACCACUUCUGUACCGAGUAAUACAGUAUUUACUGGCAUAAUUAAUGCACUUCUUUACCCACCAUAGAAGGCGCAUUAAUUUUGCAAGUCAAUACAGGCUGAUAUUUUUGUACAGUUAGAGCAUUUUGAGGACUUUUCAUGGACUCGAUUUGGUCACAUACUGCAAAGGGUGGGCUUUAUUAACAGAAACUAUUUGUAUUCCCCUGGACGUGUUCGUAACCUCACUCUGGAUUUAUGAGUGUUUGGAAAAAUAGAGUUUAUUAAAACUACAUUUUAGGUCUA